AUGACUGCUGUAUCUUCGGAAUAUGCCCACCAGACUAAGGGCCCACGAAUAUUGGCUGUCUUUUGGACCAUGACUAGUCUUGCAAUUCUAGCUGUGGCAGCCAGGCUCUUCAUCCGUAUCAAAGUCUUGCGCAACCCAGGUGCAGACGACUGGUUGAUCGCAACGUCAAUGACUAGAACUCGUUCUGCUAGUCAACUAUAUCAACUUCGCCUUGGGCAUAAUCUCCUUCGCCUUACCCAAAUUAGCCGUGGCUGCCCUGCUGAGCCGUUUUCUGAAUCCGACAACGAUACAACGCGCGAUUUAAUGGGGAUUGACGGGGUUUGUGGCACUGGUGUCGUGUAUUUGCAUCUUGGUGCUCUUUACCAUGUGCGAUCCAGCGAAAGCUCUUUGGGACACGUCCCUUCUGUCAAAGGGCGCGAGUUGCCGGAGCUCGUGGAUCCUUGUGGACUAUGCCAUCUUCACUGGAGCCAUAUCUGCCUUUACGGAUCUGUAUUUGGCAAUUUAUCCGACAGUCAUCUUACUAAAGCUUCAUAUGUCGAUGCGGAAACGAUUGGCGUUGUGUGCAGCGCUGGGUCUGAGUGCAGUGUAAGCAAGAACUCAAGAAGCUCAUCGUCAUCAGUAUUAGCUAAGAAACAAGGCUAUAGCGCUUGUGCAAUGGCAAUCAUCAAGUGCAUGCAGCUACCAGGUCUUGCCGAUCUCAGCGAUACGACAUAUGCCACGGCCGACCUUGUGAUAUGGACAAGUAUCGAAUCAAACGUCGUGAUCCUAGCCUCAUGUAUCCCCACGCUACAACCGCUUCUCGAAAUAAUUCUCGGAAAGCGCAGUCUGAGAAGUACCGGCGGAUAUCAGUACAAAGAGAGCAGUACCCAAUUGCCCGAGUCUAACAAGUGGAGCAGCAAGCGAUCUGGACACCGGAAAAGUAAAGGCAAUAUGAUGAUUGCAGACAUUGGCAGCCAGGAUAGCAUCUUGCAGAUAGGUGAUGAUCACGAGGACGAAAGCCAUUAUAUGGGGCACAUCCGUCGUACAGAUAAAAUCACUGUUGUGUACGAAAGUGUGACACCACAGCCAGGUGGUGGUGAUAAAACAAAUGACCCUGUAAAAUAG